UUAGUUUUCGUUUAUAAAGGCUUGCCUUUAGUUUUUGGGAUUUUUGAUUUUUUUAAAAGCUUUUUAGCGACAAAGACUGAUCACAAAUGUGGAUCAAGACAUUAGACAAGACAAAUGUCCAUCAUGUCCAUGGCACGUACCUCGAUGUAUGUUUAUUUCUGGAUUUUGAUGACAACACUAAAACACUGGGUGGUAAAAUGUGAUAAGCUGGAAGGCUAUUCAUUCCCCGUGUACAACACAACGUCAUGUCCCAGGAACCAAUCAGAAUGGAGAAAUAGGUCAUCUGACCUAAACUGUACAGAGAGUAAUGGAUACAUGUGUAUACCAAACGAGAACAUUACACAACUGGUGGAGUUUUGUUACAGAUAUCCAAGGAUUCCAAUUGAAAAGAGUAUAUGUCUGAUACUGAAGAAAACAACGUCUCUUGUUGAAGCCUACAGCUGUAAACAAUUUAGAAAUGGGUGUCCAGAUAAGCUGUACUGGAGCAAUGAAGUAUUCAAAUAUCAAAGCUGUCUAUCUAUUGGAAAUGGAUGCUUUCUUGCUGAGCCUCCGUGUAAUGAACAGGGAAUUACAACAAUUGGACCAACAGAAACCAAGAGUACCGCCGUGACAGGGGAUAUCGAUGAAAACAAUACAUGGGUUUGGGUCCUAGUAAUGGGCGUAUUUAUGUUAUUUUUUCUCAUUGCUGCCUGUGUGCCAGUAAUCAUUAUCAGAAGAGGAAAACAAAAGACUUUCGUCGUGGCUAAGCUUCACAAGAGGAAGGAUGACAUCCAAACUAGUUCACAUAGCUUAAAAGAAAGAGAACUGAAUGCCAUGGAAAGAAUUCCUUUCAUAGAAUUUGAAGGUGAAAGACGGGAAUGUGAAGAAACCCAAGGCGAAAAGGACAGAGAACAAAAAAAGCUUGGGGAAGAGAAGUCUGAUGAUAAUGCCUUGUCAGAUUGUAUAAUGGAUGAACAGGAUGACACACUAGGCCUAAGCAUAGAUGAAACCAGCAAGAUGGCAGACUCCUCAUUGGAAGAUAUUAGCAAAGAAGAAUAUUCCUCAUUGAACAAAGACGUUUCGAGCGGGAUAAACAGUUAUCUAAAACAGCAGGGAGACGGUGAUAGAAUCAGUUCAGAAAAGCAUGAGAUAGAUAAAAUAGACAUAGGAAUAAUCAGUAAAGAGGCAGGAGAAAGUGAGUCCAAUAUUGAAUCCUUGAAAACUUAUAAAGCAGAAAAACAUACCACACAGUAUUUAAGAGGCCAUGCCAAUAAGCAUUGA